CCUCCAGUGCAGAGCCGCUGCUGCUGUGGGAGUCACGACCAGGGCACAUGAGCUCAGUUCCUCAUUAGCCAGAGGCUGAGAGGAGCAAAGGGGGUGGUGUGGUCCAAACCCAAGCUCCUGCUCUCCCUCUUCAUCCCCGGGAGAGACAUCGGACCCCUAACUUCUGUUGCCUCUCCUGAAACUAGCAGGGUUGUGCGCUCUAGCCCAGCACAUCCGCGCGCGGCACCAGGGCGCCAGCACCAGCCAGAGGCGAUGCGUGCAGGGGGGCGGGCAGCUGGGUUCGGGCGGCCUGAGUAGGGCCCGCCAGGAGGCAGGGAGGCUGUGGGGUUAGAACCCCGGCUGCGCGGCAAGCAGAGGCCACCUUUGCUCCACACCACACCUGCUGCUGCUGCCACUACCGCCCCACCGCGAUGAGCCGCGUGAUCUCUCUGCUGCUGGGCGCUGCGCUGCUCUGCGGCCACGGAGCCUUCGGCCGCCGGGUGGUCAGCGGCCAGAAGGUAUGUUUUGCUGAUGUCAAGCAUCCCUGCUACAAGAUGGCCUACUUCCAUGAGCUGUCCAGCCGCGUGAGCUUCCAGGAAGCACGCCAGGCUUGUGAGAGCGAGGAUGGUGCCCUUCUCAGCCUUGAGAAUGAAGCAGAACAGAAGUUGAUAGAAAGCAUGCUGCAAAACCUGUCAAAGCCAGGAACAGGGAUUUCCGAUGGGGAUUUCUGGAUCGGGCUCUGGAGAAAUGGAGAGGGGCACACGUCUGGUGCCUGCCCAGAUCUCUACCAGUGGUCUGAUGGAAGCAGUUCCCAGUACCGAAACUGGUAUACUGAUGAGCCUUCCUGCGGAAGUGAAAAGUGUGUUGUGAUGUAUCAUCAGCCAACAGCCAACCCCGGCCUUGGAGGUCCCUACCUUUACCAGUGGAAUGAUGACAGAUGCAAUAUGAAGCACAAUUACAUCUGCAAGUAUGAACCAGAGAUUUAUCCAACAGCUCCCGUAGAAAAGACUUAUUUUACAAAUCAACCCGGAGACACUCAUCAAAAUGUGGUUGUUACUGAAGCAGGAAUAAUUCCCAAUCUAAUCUAUGUCAUUAUACCAACAAUCCCCCUGCUCUUAUUGAUACUGGUUGCCUUUGGAACCUGCUGUUUCCAGAUGUUGCAUAAAAGUAAAGGAAGAACAAAAACUAGCCCAAAUCAGUCCACACUGUGGAUUUCAAAAAGCACCAGAAAAGAAAGUGGCAUGGAAGUAUAAAACUUCAUUGACUUGGCUCCAGAACAGAAAAUAGAGUUUUGUAAUUCUGGACCUGAAUACGGAAUGGCAUCAGAACCUUAGCUUGGAAUGGCUUGAAAUCUCAAAGGAUCUGCAAGUUGAACUGUAAGCUCCCCCUUGAGGCAAAUAUUAAAAUAAUUUUUAUAUGUUUGUUAUUUCAUUUAUAAAAUAUGCUGUGCUAAUAAUGGAGUGAGACAUGCUUAUUUUGCUAAAGGAUGCACCCAAACUUCAAGUAAAUGGGAUGGACCAUGCAGAUAAAAUUCCUAUCAACACACCAGGGAAGUAUGUGCAUUGGGAGCAGUUAUUUUUGUCUCUUUCACCUUUCAUAAGAUGUAAUCUAGUUAAGAUAAUGUAAAUGCCAUUGAAGUUUACAGUGUGCAAAAAUAUUUUCCUUUACAUAAGUGUUUGAUAAAAAUGGACUGUUCUAGUAUUUAUUUUUAUGGUGUUUCAUUUUUCAAGACAUGCUGUUUUGAUUAAAGAAAUUUAUCACUGUCAACUGAAUUCACACACACAUAAAUACGUCGCCACAGAAAAAAGUUUCUCUUCUAGAAAUGGCUCAUCCUGUUUUUGUUUCUUUCCUUUGGGUCAGACUAUGUUUAGGAAGUCUCUUCAGAAAUCAGAAGUUACUUCAUUAACCGUGGUAUAAAUCUACUCAAAUAUUUUACUUGGAGGCAAGAAUUGUCUAAUUUCAGUUGUGCAAGACAUGUGCCUUACAAUUAUUUUGAAUUUAAAAUUUAACAGAUUUUGUAAUGACUUUGUUAAUAGCUGUAUAAACAAUAAUAUACUCAAUCUAGAACAAAACCAGUGGCAUACACAAUAUAAAUCAGAUGUCUUUACGUGUUGCCUAUAUGACCACAAGUAGCCGAGGGUUCUGGAAUUGAUUUGGUCCCUCCCUUGCCCACAAAACAAAGAUGAUCGUUUGGAGUCUGGGACUGGUCCUGAAGGCAGAUAUCUGCAAAGUUUGCCUCAGGUCUUUCCUAGCUCUGUUGAGCCUCUAUCAGCAUAUAGGAGGGUUUUACAGUUGGGACUAGUUGAGUGGUCACUACUGGCAUGGAGUUAAGCACAGCGUACUGACUUUUCAGCAAGGAAAGAAACUGAAUUCGUGUGAAGAUGGGUUGGAGGGCAUCAGUGAUCAUGUGUUCGUUGUCCAGGGUUUGGCUAGGAGAGGAAAUGGAGGCACAUCUGUCCUAUCUUCUAGUUUCUACAAUGCUUGUGGCUCCUUCUUCUCAAGAGAGAGUUGUAACUGAGUCUGGUCUUCAAAUGCCUCUGUUCUCCUUUUAACCAAAUAAAAAGUUCCUGUUUCUGAAGAAUGAUCAUUGGUGUUGUCUAAAUCUCUUUUAAGUGAACCAAAUACAGAUGUGUUGGCAACAAUGCAUGGGAACAAGUUGCUGUGGAAGUGUGGGAAGAAUGGAAGUUACGGUUAGAGAAUGUUUUAGACCUCCUCUUUCAGUUUGAUAAUAGAGUGCUUUCAUUAAGGCAAUUCACAAGUCUGCUUGGUUGGCAAAAUUAAGAGACAGAAUAGAAAUUAGUGGGCAUCAGUUCCUUUCAGCUGCUCAGAGACUAAGAAAAUGGGCAGCUGCGUUCUAAGCUUAGAUCUGCCCACAGCACCCGCUUUCUUUUCUUGGCUACCCAGCUUGCGGGACGGAAAAGGGGACCAGCUGCUGGGAUCCACCUCUUCCCUCCCAGCUCCUGCCAUGCAUCUCCCCCUUUAGUCAGGACUCCAUGGAGGGAGACUAGGCUUUCCCCAUUGUCUGUGCCAUCCAUGGCUACAACAGCUGUGGGUCGGGAGGGCAAAGCAAUGGGGAAGGGCCUUGAUUUUGCCUUUUAUCUUGAUCCAGGCCUGGAUUUCUCUUCCAGUAUCAAUUACUAACCCCACCCCCCAUACAUAACUAGGGGUGGGACAGUGAACGCCUCUCUUAUUAGAAGAUAGUAGAAACUGUGCUAAGGGUUUCGUAAGCUGACCUUUGGAAAAUAAAAGGGACUAUAUGGUAUAUCUGUUAUAUUUGUAUUUUCAGAACAUAAUUUUUUUUUCUGCUUUUUAGGGCCACACCCAUGGCAUAUGGAAGUUCCCAGGCCUAGGGGUCAAAUUGAAGCUGAAGCUGCCAGCCUGCACCACAGCCACAGCCACAGCCACAGCCACAGCCACACAGGAUCUGAGCUGUGUCUGUGACCUACACCACAGCUCACAGCAAUGCCGGAUCCUUAACCCACUUAGCAAGGCCAGGGAUUGAACCUACGUCCUCUUGGAUACUAGUUGGGUUUGUUACUGCUGAGCCACAAUGGAACUCCUCAGAACAUAAUUCCAGUAAGUGUUUUGAAAUGCAGAAGAAUUGUGGAAUGAUAUUCAGGAAACAAAAUCAAAAAACAUGCCUACUGCUGCUCCAUCUUUCCUAUUAGGAACAAGUCAUUGGUAUGGUCUUAAAAAGAAUAGCGUAUUUAGGGAUUCCCAAUUUCUUUCUUUUUUUUUUAAUUUUAGAAUCUUUUUUUUUUUUUAAUUUUCCCACUGUACAGCAAGGGGAUCAAGUUAUCCUUAAAUGUAUACAUUUUUCCCCCUCCCUUUGUUCUGUUGCAAUAUGAGUAUCUAGACAUAGUUCUCAAUGCUAUUUUCAGCAGGAUCUCCUUGUAAAUCUAUUCUAAGUUGUGUCUGAUAAGCCCAAGCUCCCGAUCCCUGCCACUCCCUCCCUCUCCCAUCAGGCAGCCACAAGUCUAUUUUCCAAGUCCAUGAUUUUCUUUUCUGUGGAGAUGCUCAUUUGUGCUGGAUAUUAGAUUCCAAUUAUAAGUGAUAUCAUAUGGUAUUUGUCUUUGUCUUUCUGGCUCAUUUCACUCAGGAUGAGAUUCUCUAGUUCCAUCCAUGUUGCUGCAAAUGGCAUUAUGUCAUCCUUUUUUAUGGCUGAGUAGUAUUCCAUUGUGUAUAUAUACCACAUCUUCCUAAUCCAAUCAUCUGUUGAUGGACAUUUGGGUUGUUUCCAUGUCCUGGCUAUUCUGAAUAGCACUGCAAUGAACAUGUGGGUACAUGUGUCUCUUUUAAGUAGAGUUUUGUCCGGAUAGAUGCCCAAGAGCGGGAUUGUGGGGUCAUAUGGAAGUUCUAUGUAUAGAUUUCUAAGGUAUCUCCAAACUGUUCUCCAUAGUGACUGUACCAGUUUACAUUCCCACCAACGGUACAGGAGGGUUCCCUUUUCUCCACAACCCCUCCAGCACUUAUUUGUGGACUUAUUAAUGAUGGCCAUUCUGACUGGUGUGAGGUGGUAUCUCAUGGUUGUUUUGAUUUGCAUUUCUCUUAUGAUCAGUGAUGUUGAGCAUUUUUUCAUGUGUUUCUGGCCCUCUAUAUCUUCCUUGGAGAACAGUCUAUUCAGGUCUUUUGCCCAUUUUCCAUUGAUUGAUUGGUUUUUUGCUGUUGGGUUGUAUAAGUUGUUUAUGUAUUCUAGAGAUUAAGCCCUUGUAGGUUGCAUCAUUUGAAACUAUUUUCUCCCAUUCUGUAUGUUGUCUUUUUAUUUUCUUUUGGGUUUCCUUUGCUGUGCAAAAGCUUUUCAGUUUGAUGAGGUCCCAUGGGUUUAUUUUUGCUCUUAUUUCUAUUGCUUUGGGAGACUGACCUGAGAAAAUAUUCAUGAUGUUGCUGUCAGAGAGUGUUUUGCCUAUGUUUUCUUCUAGGAGUUUGAUGGUGUCCUGUCUGUCCUAAGAAUAAAUACUAGGAAUCUGUGGCCCUCAGUCAUCUGUAUAUGGUACUGUCUUCCCUUCUCUGGUCAGUCCCCAGAGCGAGCAUUUUGGUGGGACAACUCAUGAUCACCUACUCUCCCUUCUCCCCGAACUAUCAGGAUCACUCCCACCUACACGGUGGGUCCCGAUGCCUCUUCAUGACAUCAGUAACAACCACCCCUCUCAGGGCAGCCCAAGCCUCCUUUCUUCCAUAAGGCCGAUUUAAACUGAUCCCCUUCUUUCAAACUGCUUUAAAUCUUACCCCUGCUUCUAUUACUUUGGAUCAUAUAGACCUGUGUAAGAAUGAAUGGGUAUGUAUACGUUUGCAUUAAUUUCUAUAAAUUUUAUCUUGCCCAGUAAAUCAGCAGAUGUUGGUUGAGUAGUAAGCUAAACUCAAAUUUGCACUUACUUUGGAAAUGAGCCAAGAGAUUAAAGCGGUGAAGCAAAUUCAUUUAUUCCACAUUUUCGGCCUUCUAAUGGGCAAUUCAUCUGUGUCUAAAUAAGUUUUGCAAUGUUAGAAAUUUCCGCUAUAACACAUCUAUCCAGAAAAAAAACACACACACAUUUGUAAUAGUUGUAUUUCUUUGAUAUGUCUGAUUACUUUCUGGAAACCUAAAAAAUACUAGCUUGAAAGAAACAGUAUGAAUAAUCCAGGU